AUGUCUAAUAUUUAUAACGCUAUGAUAACUAAGGGUCAAGAUAUUGCUGGUCAACCAAUUCAUGUGACUUGUAAGGUACAUCGGAUAUUAAGAAACCAUCGAGUUAGAGCUAUAACUAUGAGUGCUACAUAUGGUCUAACGAAAGGGAUGGACGUAAUUGAUACAAGUGCUCCACUAAGUGUUCCGGUCGGUGGAGCAACUCUCGGACGAAUUCUCAACGUGUUUGGUGAGCAUGUUGAUAAUUUAGGUCAUGUAGAUACUAGUACAACAUUUCAUGUUCGUAGAUUUGUGGCUGUCUUAGAUACAAGAUUAUCUAUUUUUGAAACCGGAAUUAAAGUAGUAGAUCUUUUAGCCCCUUAUUGCCAUGGAGGAAAAAUCGGACUAUUCGAGGGAGCUGGCGUGGCUAAAACAAUACUUAUUAUGGAAUUGAUUAAUAAUAUUGCCAAAGCUCACGGAGACGUAUCUGUAUUUGGCGGAGUCGGUGCCGAUUUAAAAACAGGUCCCGAAAUGCUUCAUUCCACAUUAUGUGGUUAUUUUGCAAAAAUAUAA